AUGGAAGAAUGCGCUUGUGUUCAUGCCAUUGGUACCUAUUCUCAAACACAACAAAAAGAACAUUGUCCCACUCGUUUUAUUCGAUUUCUUAUGUUGUUGACGAAGGUGAGCAAGGACAAACGCACAUCUGUCAGCAGUCCUGCGGCGGCCGGCAUGUUUAGUCUAAUCAAUGAUCGUCGAUUGAACCAAGGAACGAAGCCAUUAGGCUUUCUAAAUCCACUAUUGUACGGUCUGGCAGACCAAUAUCCAGAUGCAUUUUUCGACAUAACCAAAGGAAAAAAUAACUGCAAUUAA